CGGGCAGCUUCAACUCCACUCGGCAAGUCCUUUCCUGCCUCCUGAUGGCCGGUCCGAGGCCUCGAUCAAACAGCGUCCGCAGGGCUCGCGGGCUUUCGGUUGGAGAGGAUGGCAGGCUGGCGCCGCUGCGGCGAUGGGAUGGUGCCAGCAAAACGUGCAGGGACUGGGACGGGCUGCGAAGAGACCCCGAUAUAUGGGAGAGGAACGGCAACUGCCUCGUCCACCUGUAUGCCAAGGGCGACUCGAAGCGCGGGCCGUCUUUCAAGCUGCCCUUUGCGGCCCUGCUCUCGGCCGGCUGCCUUCCGCUCAUCGAAAAGUUCCUCGUGCUGGACAGCCUCGCGUCCAGGACGGCGCAGGACAUUGAGAGGUGGGAUCAGCUGCAUCCUAGGUCGACGACUGAGCUGUACAUCCCGGCUCCGCCUCAUGCCACCGAGAAGCAGGCUCAGCUCUACCACUUGUCUUUCAGAAACCUCUUUGCCUGGGUCCUGGGACGGCCAAUGGUGGGUGGCAACCUGGGAAGCGCACUCGUGGCGCUGCUUCACUCCUUGCGCGAGUUCAGGUCCUCUCCGGGCAGCAACGUGGACGACUUGCUCACUUACAUGCGCCACGCUCACUACCUGAACAUGGCCGAGGAGCCAGUCCACGCGGCGGCAGCCCUCCACCUGGCAGAAACAUUUCAACUGAGUGACUUGUACAGGCGAGCUUUUGCCCACUGCGUCGGCAUGCAUGACCGCUUGUUUGGCACUUCAGAGUACCAGCUCAUCAGUGCGGCAUCGCGAACGCUCGUCCGCAGGGCACGCUUGGAGAUGAACGCUAUGCUCCAGCAGACGGCCAAUAGGCUGAGGAGCUUCCUCGACGAAGAGCUAUCAGAGGCCAAGAUGGGCAUUCCAGCCGGGACUCGCGCUCACCUCGACAGGUUUCGCAGCUUCCUGCUGUCCUUUUACGCCGCCAAGUUCGGCCGAUACCCUCCCAGGGCCUUCAAGGCAAGCCUGCUCAACACAAUGGCAGAGGACUUCGACACCCUGUACGAGCUCCUGGUGGACAACAACUACACCGUAUCCGGCAUCAUGCCCCCUACGGCGGUCGGCGGCAUCUGUACGGAGCAGCUUGUCCAGACGUUUGACGACAAUAACCAGUUCGAGCCCUUGCCGCAUCCCCUACCACUGCUGCCCCGACUUGAGUCUUCCCACGAUGGCCUCCGCUGCCUCUCCAAGCUGCCCUUUGUCGAGAAGUUGACCGCCGGACAGCGGCAAGACACAGUCGCAGCCCUGAUCACGGCAUCCAACUGGACCGAAAGGUGUUUCAGGAACGACCUCGUCCAGGCAUACCGGCGAUACGAAGAAGACGCCGUCCUCUCUCCCAGCAAGGCUGACAAGAGCGAAAGAAUGUCCCUGCUGGAGGCGCGCAAGGUGCGAUGGGUUCUGAUCUAUGCGGUCCACCAAGUCUUGCGCUGUGCGACACAAAAACCGGCUGAGGUGCAGGGCGAGGAGGCGUCUUAUCACCUCGCAGUGUCGAUGAAGGGCACUCCUCCGUGGGCGGCGGCCGCGGCAUCUCACGAGACGAAGAAGGCGCUGCGCAUCGAGACGGACAUUGUGGCGAGCGACGACCUCGUGACCAAGCGGGUCAUCAAGAUCCAGGAGACUCCGGUGAGCAGGAUAGAGAUCAAGCCCGAUAUUGACUACUUUGCGUUGGCGCACAAGAGCCGCGACCCGUCCUUGUCCACCCUGUCGGACAAUUCCUCGCCGACCACUCUGUCCCGGUCUAGCUCGUUUUCCAUCAGCCUGCGGCGCAACUCCACCAUUCGCAGGUCGCUGCGGAGAUUUAGGAGGAGUUCCAUGUCGGGGUCACAAGCAUCGACGACGUCGUCGCCGGGGCCGGCGAAGCCCUUGUACCACGAGAUCGUCGUACAAGGCUAUGGCAACGGGACACAGACAGUCACGGUCGAGCCGGACGAGGAGGGGCUGAUGAUGAAGGGGACGCUGGCGGGCCGGAGCGAUUCGACGGCGUCGUCCCAGUCCAACGCGAGCGCGAGCUCCAACGCGACCGCCUCGUCGGUGCCCGAGAGCACGAGCAGCACCAUCGACACGCUGUCGACGAGCGCCUUGUCUAGCCCCAUGACGCCCACGACGGACGCCGCGUUGGAGCUCGAGAUGAUGCUCGCCCACUGGAGUCCGCUGGACAAGGUCCCGGUUAGGCUGGAUCUGCCGCGUUCGGCAUCAGCCAGCGCCAUUUCCGGCCAACUGGACAGCUUAGCGGCCGGGCUCCACAUCCCCGGAGCAUCCCGCAGCAGCAAAGGAAACAUCAAGAGGAAGCGAUGGAGCUUGGAGCCUGCGCGGACGGCGCCCUCGCCCGCCGCGCUGCAACGGCGCUACACAAUGCUCGGAGAUCUUCGACGGAAGAACUUUGGGCUCGAGGCCAAGCCCAUUUCCGUCCGCAUCCGCGAGAACAGCAUCACCGAGGAGACGCGGGUCCCCGGGCGAAGGGAUUCGGAUGACUGGUCCCUGAUGCUCGCCUUCAUGGACGGGACGAACGGAGAGGCCGACACCAAGACGAACGACGCAUGGGCACAAUACACGGAUCUUGGAGGACUUACCGAUAUGAGUUAAAACACUUUUGCAUGCAUAUACUCUAGACGAGGGAGGGGCAUAAUGCAUAAUGAGAGAUG